UCCAAAACCCUAACCCUUUUGUUCUCUCCCUUCACUUCCUCUCCUUACCAUACAGAGGAAAAGGCUAGGGUUUUAGCCAAUUACGCAGGAAGAGAGAUUGUUAGGGUUAGGAUUUAUUUUCUUUCUCCUCCGAGCGGGUGAAGAUGGUGGUGGACAAGGGAAAGAAGAUGAAAGUAGCGGAGAAAAGCGAAGACGACAACAGCCACCCUGAACAAAUUGAUGGAGACCUCGUCCUCGCGAUUGAAAAGCUCCAGGAGAUCCAAGAUGACCUCGAAAAGAUAAAUGAGGAGGCAAGUGAUAAGGUCUUGGAAGUAGAGCAGAAGUAUAAUGAGAUACGUAAGCCAGUUUAUGAUAAGAGAAGCGAGAUCGUCAAAUCUAUUCCUGAUUUCUGGUUAACUGCUUUCUUAAGUCAUCCUGCUCUUGGUGAGCUUCUGACUGAAGAGGAUCAAAAGAUAUUCAAACAUUUGAUUUCCUUGGAAGUGGAGGAUUUUAAAGAUGUGAAGUCGGGCUACUCUAUCACAUUUAACUUUGAGCCAAAUCCAUAUUUUGAAGACACAAAGCUUGUAAAAUCUUUCACUUUCCUUGACGAAGGAACCACCAAAAUUACUGCUACAUCAAUCAAUUGGAAGGAAGGCAUGGGCAUACCUAAUGGAGUUAAUCAUGACAAGAAAGGGAACAAGCGACCUUUAGCCGAUGAGAGCUUCUUUAGCUGGUUUAGUGAUACUCAACCAAAGGAUGACGUGGAUGAGAUUCAUGAUGAGAUUGCUGAGAUAAUCAAGGAGGAUCUGUGGCCUAAUCCCCUUAAUUAUUUUAAUACUGAGGCUGAUGAAGAGGAUUUUGAUGGUGAGGAGGCUGACGAAGAGGGAAAGGAUGGUGAUGACUCUGAUGAGGAUGAUGACGAUCAGGAUGAAGAUGAUGAGGAUGAAAAAUGACAGCAGACAUUAUCAUGUCCUCUUCACUUGGGGAAUUACUUGUGUUAUCCAUCUCUCCUUGGUAUGAAUGAGCUUGUGUAGAGUUGUCUCUAGUUGUUUUGCUUAUCUCAGCUCAUGGAGGGGAGUGUCCAACCUACCCCUACUGUUAUGAUAGCGCUUUCUAUCUCGUGUAGGCGACUAAAUGCUAUAAUUAGUAGCUUCCUUGGUUUAGUCAAAGGCUAUGGCGUUAUUAUAUUUUGUGUCUCUUACUCUUAGAUUAAAACGGUAUAUUGUCUU